UAACAGAAGGGGGGGCCAUGGAAACUGAAACUCCAACUUGGACUCAUCAUCGAACUUGUAAGUUCUCAUGGAAGUGUCUCUUCAAGAAUAGGAACUUGAUAUUAGCAUACCAAAGCCUUGGUGUGGUUUAUGGAGACUUAAGUGUUUCACCUCUCUAUGUUUACUCCAGCACAUUUAAAGGGAAGUUACAGAAUCAUCAAAAUGAAGAUGCAAUAUUUGGAGUAUUUUCUUUGAUUUUUUGGACCCUUACAUUGAUACCCUUGAUCAAGUAUGUCUUCAUACUAUUGAUUGCUGAUGACAAUGGCGAAGGUGGAACGUUUGCUCUUUAUUCCUUGCUUUGUAGGCAUGCAAAUCUUAGUUUAAUUCCAAAUCGACAAGCAGAAGAUGAGGAACUCUCUACAUACAAUUAUGGGCCUCCAACAAGCAUUACAGUUUCCUCUCCAUUGAAGGGAUUCCUUGAGAAGCAUGAAAAGCUACGCAUAGCCCUCCUUCUUGUGGUAUUAUUUGGUGCAUGCAUGGUCAUUGGUGAUGGUGUCCUCACCCCAGCAAUAUCAGUACUUUCUGCCGCAGCUGGGUUGCAAUAUAAUGACGGGAAACUAAAUAAUGGAGAAGUACUGGUGCUUGCUUGUGUAAUAUUGGUGUGCUUAUUUGCUUUACAACAUUAUGGAACCCAUAAGGUUGGUUUCCUUUUCGCACCCAUUGUUAUUAUCUGGUUGGUAUCUAUAUUCAUCAGUGGUCUAUACAACACAUUAUAUUGGAACCCUAUGGUCUUCUCUGCACUAUCUCCAUAUUAUAUUGUCAAGUUCUUUAGAGAAACAGGCAAGGAAGGUUGGAUUUCUCUUGGAGGCAUUCUUCUUUCAAUAACAGGUGCAGAGGCCAUGUUUGCAGAUUUAGGGCACUUCACUGCCUCAUCAAUAAGGCUUGCCUUUGUAUUCACUAUAUACCCAUGUUUAGUUGUACAGUACAUGGGUCAGGCUGCCUUUCUGUCCAAAAAUCUCUCUUCUUUACCUCGGAGUUUCUAUCCAUCCAUACCAGAUAGCAUAUACUGGCCUAUGUUCGUGAUUGCAACCCUUGCAGCCAUUGUUGGUAGUCAGGCAGUUAUCACAGCUACCUUCUCAAUCAUCAAACAAUGCCAUGCUCUUGGAUGCUUUCCAAGGAUCAAGAUUGUUCACACUUCUAAACAAAUAUAUGGUCGAAUCUAUAUCCCUGAAAUAAAUUGGAUUAUGAUGAUCAUUUGUCUUGCUAUUACCAUUGGAUUCAAGGACACAACUUUGAUUGGAAAUGCUUAUGGGAUUGCUUGCAUGUCAGUAAUGUUCAUUACAACAUUUCUAAUGGCACUAGUUAUAAUCUUCGUCUGGAAAAGAAGCAUCUUGUUGGCUGCAGCUUUUCUCCUAUUCUUCUGGUUCAUUGAAGGUGUCUACUUAUCAGCAGCAUUCAUUAAAGUGUAUCAAGGAGGAUGGGUUCCUCUUGUGCUCUCAUCCAUCUUCAUGGCCCUCAUGUAUGUCUGGCACUAUGGAACUCGUCAAAAGUAUGAAUUUGAGGUACACAACAAGGUCUCUAUGAAAUGGCUACUGAGUCUUACCCAUUGCCUUGGGGUUGCUCGAGUUCCUGGAAUCGGUUUCAUCUAUUCUGAUUUGGCCAGUGGGGUCCCUGCCAUUUUCUCUCACUUCAUCACCAAUUUCCCAGCAUUUCAUGAGGUUCUGGUAUUUGUUUGUGUGAAAUCAGUGCUUGUCCCCUAUGUGUCACCUGAGGAACGCUACCUUGUUGGUAGGAUCUGUCCAAGACCAUACAAGAUGUAUCGAUGCAUUGUAAGGUAUGGGUACAAGGACAUUCAACAGGAUAAUGGUGACAGCAGUUUUGAGAACCAAAUAAUCCAGAGCAUUGCAGAGUUCAUACGAAUAGAAGAGCAGUUCUCAAGCUCUGAGAUUAAUUCUGAGAGUUCAUUUGUUGAUGAGAGAGUGUCCAUCAUAAGCAAUAGAGCUUCCCCAUUAAGCUUGACCUGGAUAGAUUCUUCUGAUCAGCAAGUGGAUACAAUCCAAAGUAGUACAUCAUUAAACACUUCCUCAAGUAUCAGAUUGGCCUAUGAGGAUGAGAACCCAUCAAUCCCGAGGCGUCAAGUCCGGUUCCAAUUGCAAACCAAUCCAAGCAUGAGUUCUUCAAUGAGAGAAGAACUGAUGGAUUUGAUCCAAGCAAAAGAAGCAGGGAUUACAUAUAUAAUGGGACACUCAUAUGUAAAGGCCCACAGGUCGUCUUCAUUUCUGAAGAAAUUAGCGAUCAAUAUCGGGUAUUCAUUUCUUCGGCAGAACUGUAGAGACUCCAGUUGGGUGCUUGACGUUCCUCACAUAAGCCUCAUUCAAGUUGGCAUGAUCUACUAUGUGUAGCUCUCGAAUGAGAGGAUAAGAUUCACUUUCCAGAAGCUAUGGCAGUAGAACUUCUGCUUACAGGCAUCA